UGUUUGAAUUGGCCAACCCUAUGACUGCCAUCAUGUUGGCUAACCUAAUUCGUCCAUCCCUUCGCUAUAUGGCAGGCUUGGUCUCUGUAGUCCUCCUCAAGUCUACCAUCCACUCAUCACCAUCAUCUGUAGCCAUGGCAACCAACCCAUCAAACCCUUCAACAAUGCCCCAUCGAGGAGUUAAUAAUCAUUACUACGCCGGUCAUCAUCAUCGAUAUCAUCAUCAUCCUGAAUAUCAUGAGCCAGGCUAUGCUGGUGUUUCGUCGUCGUCGUCGGGGCCGUGGUUUGAGUCGAUGAGGGAAGGAUUCUCUGAUGAUUCCAAUCCAGUCCAGAAGAAUUACGGCGUCGCUGUAACAGAUGUUGACAACGACGGAGAACUCGAAAUCAUCGUUGCUGGGUUCGACGGUCCUAACUUAGUCCUUAAAUAUAACCACGAAACAAGACGACUCGAAAACCUCGCCAUCGAUGACCCCACUUCGCCAUACUACCAACUCCGUGAUCAAAGAGGAAGCGCAAUAGGCGUCUGCGCAUGUGACGUCGACGGUGAUGGGCGGGAAGAAAUUUAUUUCUUGAACACGAACAAUGCUUACAGUGGCCGGAAGCAGUACAUGGACAAGCUCUUUAAAUGGAGGAAUGACCGAUAUGAAGAUGUACUGUCGGAUACGAUCAAUUCAAACGUCAUUAAUCAGUAUGCUGGUCGUUCUGUGGCGUGUAUUGAUCGUAAAGGAACCGGUCGCUACUCCAUCUAUCUAUCAAACUAUGCUAACAGAUGGGUAUCCCCACCCAUUGGUCCCUGUGCUAUGGUAGAAAUGGAUGAGACUCAAAGUGACGUCAGCGCUGGUAUCAUCAAGAUCCGAAACGUCGCAUCUGAAGUAGGCGUUGAAGGAUAUACUGGUGGCCGAGGUGUUGCAGUUGGUCCCAUUCUGAACGACGAAGGGAGGUCAGAUAUAUUUUGUGACAACGAAGGUGGGCCAAACUUUCUCUACAAGAACGAUGGACGCGGAAAUUUUGAAGAGGUUGCAGCCUCGUCAAGGAUCUCUGAUGCAAGAGAGAACGGGAGAGGUGUUGCUCUUGCCGACUUCAACGGAGACGGCAAGUUAGAUAUUGUCUACGGGAGCUGGAAUGGUCAUCACCGUCUCUACUUACAGAAAACUAGAGGUGACAGACGAUGGUUUCAGAAUGUUGCCGAUGCUUCGUUUGAGGAAGCUUCGCCUAUCAGGACGGUCAUUGCAGCUGACUUUGAUAAUGACGGUAUCCUCGAAGUAUACUUCAACAACAUUGCCUACCAUGGCCCCGCCCCUAACAGGCUCUACAAGAUCAGACCUACGGGAGAUUGGAGUGUCAACAUUGAAGAACAGACCAAUCUAGGUGAUGCUGCAGAGGUCAAUGGAUAUGGAACAGGUGGAGCAGUGACUGAUCUCGAUGGUGACGGUCAGCUGGAGCUCAUCCUAUCCCAUGGUGAAUCAGCCAGUCAACCUCUAACUCUAUACCGCUCCAGACGUGCCACCAACCAUCGGUGGUUGCGCGUCAUGCCCUUGACGCAGAACAACGCCCCUGCUCGCGGUGCCGUCGUCAACGUCGUGACGCGGAAUGGCAACUCCCAUCUACGGGUCAUCGACGGCGGGUCCGGAUACCUCUGCGAGAUGGAACCGGUUGCGCACUUUGGCUUUGGCCCUUCGGAUGUUCCGGUGACCAUUGAAGUCAAAUGGCCGGAUACCUCAACCAUCACGCGGGAAAUAACCGAAGAUGAAAUCAACUCGUUUAUCAAAAUUCAACACCCUGUGAAUUCUCAGAGUGAUACCUCAGGAUCCAAUCGAAAUGACAGACCAGAAUGAGAAACAACCCAGAUAAUAUUUGCAAUGACUUUACUCCUCUAUGUUUGUCCUUUUCUGUUAGUGUGCUACUACGUUUUUCUGAAAUGUAUUUAAGAUGAUUUUAUCAUCAUUCCGUUUUUGUAUGUUGUUUAUACUUGAUAAGCAUGAA